GUUAGUUCGCAAAAUAUAAAAAAAAUUCUUGUUAUGCCUUCUGCUUGUACAUCUUACCUGGAUGACAUCGAAGACAUCGUAACACAAGAUGUCAACACAGCGAGGCCACUUCUAGACACGGGUGUUGUGCUUCGUAGCAAGAGAAAUCAAAAAACAAAAAUUCAGAAGGUUUUAGGGGUUGAAUUGGAAGAUGAUACAAUUCAGAGCAAUAUUCCAGCCACACAAACAAUCUUUGUGAAAACAUGGGGCUGCACGCAUAACUCAUCCGAUUCUGAGUACAUGGCUGGCCAGUUAGCUUCUUAUGGAUACAAUGUUGUUACAGAAAACGGUGACAACGCUGACUUAUGGUUGUUGAACAGCUGCACAGUUAAAAACCCAGCAGAAGAUCACUUUCGAAACAUGAUCAGCAAAGCACAAAGUUUGAACAAGCAAGUUGUAUUGGCUGGUUGCGUAUCGCAAGGAGCACCGAAACAAAGUUAUAUUCAGGGGCUUUCAAUCAUCGGUGUUCAACAAAUUGAUCGAGUUGUUGAAGUGGUUGAAGAAACAUUGAAAGGAAACACAGUUCGUUUGUUGAAACAGAAAAAGGAAAACGGAAGAAAAAUUGGAGGGGCGUCACUUGACCUUCCGAAAAUCCGAAGAAAUCCUUUCAUUGAAAUAAUCAGCAUCAACACUGGGUGUCUCAACUCAUGCACAUAUUGUAAGACAAAGCACGCUCGUGGUAACUUGGGUAGUUAUCCUGUUGCAGAGAUCGUACAGCGCGCUAUUCAAUCCUUUGGAGAGGGUGUAGUAGAGAUAUGGUUGACAAGUGAAGACACUGGUGCUUAUGGUCGUGACAUUGGAACCUCACUACCUGAAUUACUGUGGGAGUUGGUCAAAGUAAUUCCUGUUGGUUGUAUGCUUAGAGUUGGGAUGACCAACCCACCGUAUAUACUUGAUCACUUAGAGGAAAUGGGUAAAAUUCUCAAUCACCCAAAUGUGUACUCAUUCCUGCAUGUACCAGUUCAAUCCGGUUCUGACCAAACAUUGCAUGAAAUGAGGAGAGAAUACACUGCCUCUGAUUUUGAACUGGUUGUGGAUACAUUGAGGGCAAGCGUGCCUGGAAUAUCAAUAGCAACAGAUAUCAUAUGUGGGUUUCCAACAGAAACAGAUGAGGAUUUUGAAGACACCAUGACUUUGUGCGAAAAAUACAAAUUUCCGAGUCUGUUCAUCAAUCAGUUUUUCCCGAGACCCGGAACUCCCGCUGCAAGAAUGCCACAAAUCCAUAGACAAGAGAUAAAAAAGCGAACAAAACGUUUAUCUGAGUUGUUCAGAUCAUAUGAACCAUACGGUCACCAACUUGGAAAAAUACAGAAAGUUCUUGUGACUGAGAUUGCCCAUGAUCAGAUACAUUAUGUCGGACACAAUAAAUAUUAUGAACAAGUACUUAUUCCAAUGGAUGAAGAUCUCACGGGAAAGAUGUUUGAGGUGGAGAUUGUGGAGACAGGUAAACACUUUCUUAAGGGCAAGCGAAUAGAUUCAAGUGUUCCUGUAACUCCAGUCACAGUGCAACCAGUUCCACUGGGUUGCGUUUCAGGUGACAAUGUAAAUGUAAAGUUAAAGGAGGCAAAUGAGACAAGAGCUGUGCCAAAUUUAUCAACUUAUUUAAUGAACAAUCAUAAAUUUUUUGUUGUUUUAUUCGCAAUUGUGUUUUAUUUUAUCAUGAAGUGGUUUGUUUAAUAUGGUAUCGUUUUGUUGCUGGUUAUGUUAAACCAUCAUUGCUGCCAUAACUAUUCAACUGCAACAUAAAAGAUUUUAUUGUAAA